UAUUGUUGAUAUAACUAUGUUUAUACUAUAUUUAAGAAGGGAAAAAAAAUAUAUAAUUAUGAAUAAUAUUUCAACGCGUUAAUGCGUUUGACUGGAAAAAUGAAUGGAAAUUUUAUUACGUACAGUAUCUGAUGCAAGAGGUACAUCCAUAAUUUUCAUUUUCUAUAAUUAAUCAGCGGCAGCCCAUGCGGCAUAUGCUGCCGUGUGCAUCACCGCCUUUAUUUAGAGCCACCCACAUCGCCUCUUACUUGUACUUCGUUCUGCAACCAGAAUUAUUCUGCGGUUUCCCUUUCAGAUACGCCAUAUUAUCUGAACAUAUUAUAUAAAACCUAUUUGUAUAUAUUCAUAUUUUCAUAGUUUAGGUUUUUAAUUUCUUUUUAGAUUAGAAGAAAAUCGUCAUGUCUUCAGCAGAUGAAGUAGUGGAUCUUCAGGGUCUCUCAAUCCAAGAAGAGUGUAAAAUGGAGGGAACUUGUACAGCAGCACCAGAGGACAUUAACCAAGUUGCGGCUGAGACUAACAAUACUAACAACACUAAUCAUCAUGGUUUUUGUGCAAUAUGUUUGAAUAAGAUAGUUCUUGCAGAAACUGCUCUCGUAAAAGGUUGCGAGCAUGCCUACUGUGUCACAUGCAUCCUGCGAUGGGCCUCUUACAAAAAGGAACCUACAUGUCCUCAGUGUAAAAGUCCGUUUGAGUUUCUGAAUAUCCAUCGCUCACUAGAUGGAAGCAUUCACGAUUACAUGUUCGAAGAGAGUGUCUGCCUCCUCCUAAGAGCCUCAUGGUUCAAGCCUUUGAUUGUGGUGGAACGAGAAGAGGUGUAUGAAGAAACUGAAGAUUACUAUUGCGAGGACGAGGAUGAAGAUUUCUUCUUGGGUAGUUCCUCUAGUCUCCGCAUCGGUAAUCGAAGAUGGGGAGACAAUGGAUAUGUUAGGGGAGGAAGGCAAGAAGCGCGACCAAUUUCUCGACCGAACUUUCAGGAUUCCGGUGCUGGCCCAUCUCGUCAGCCGAAGAAGAAAGAAGCUGCUGCUGCUGCUGCUGCUAAGGAACCUGUUGGGCGACGUGCAAAACGGACCCUGAAGCGUGAAGCUGCCGACAUGGCAGCCGCCGCCAAGCAUCAGCAGCAUUUGGUUCGGUUUGGUCGCACCUGAGGGUGAACAAACCAUACUCUCUGGGGCAACCAGACGUUUUGUACAGUAUUUCCAUUCAUUUGUUUGACGAAUAAGGAUAGUAUGCUGACUUUAAAGGUCUGGGCUUUUAUUAGUAUGUUUCCCAUGCUGUGCCUAUCCAGAUUUAGUUGCUGUUGCCUAUGUACUGUACAUUUGCUAGUUUUAGUGUGUAACUUCUGAUUUAGAUUCUGUUAAAUGUCUGGCUUAUUUGUUGAAGUCUCUCUUUUGUACUAAAAAGUUAGUGCUAACAUGCAUGAAUCAAGACUUACCCAUGAUAAUUCCAUAUGAAUUGCUGUU